AGCCAUACUGGCUGGUUUCAGAACAUUCAGUAAGGAAUGGACGUGUGAAGAAGGAGAAAAUUGUUGUCAGAACAGAAAGCUCCCUGAUGGUGAAUCUAAGGUUUGUUCUAAAACAUUUGAUGCCAGUGAGUUUGCGGUGUAUGACCCGACACAAGAUCCUAUCUUCCCUAGUGAACUUCAGUUGGAUACAUCCUACCAAACCAAGAGUGUUUGCUUCAAGAGUCCAAAUGUGGACUGGUAUAGACCUGGCAACCUGGAUGAAGUAUGUCAGCUGAAGCGACGGUAUCCGGAUGCAAUUUUCACAGUUGGAGCAACAAGUGUAGGAAGAUACAUACGCAACAGUCAAAACAAAACGGUGGUUAUUUGCCUGACUAAUGUUCAAGACCUAAACAUUAUGAAAGAAACUGAUACGUGUAUUGAGACUGGAGCAACAGUCACACUUGCAUCACUGUAUGAAUUUAUCGAGAUACAAGCUUCAAAAAGUGAAGGAAUGAAGAAGGCUGGUCUAGAGAGUAUUUUAGAUAUGCUUCAUCAAAUAGGUGGACAGCAGCUGAGGAAUGUAGCU